AGUUAUGGGCUGUUUCCUUGGAGCCCAAGUAACAAUCGCAGCAUGCGCUGGCGUCUACUGUCUAGAAUCUACGAAACAUUUUGAGCUCAUGUUUAAAACUCGAACAGGGAAAGUCAAUUUGGGCUUAAGCUAAACACAUUUAAAGAUGUCCGAUAUUAACUUGGCUGCCUUCGACGCUUUUCGACGGGAUCUGGCCCGCAUACAAAAGACUUUCAGCUCGUACACACAAACGGAUUUCACGCAAGAGGUUGGCACAAGCACCGAUUCGGAGCAGAGACACCAAUAGCACUCGGUCAAGUGGCAUGGCAACGUCUCCUGAGUCCAAGGAUAACGCGUCAAACAGCUCCGGCUCGAGCCAGCGAAAAAAUUACCCCAGCGAAUGGACGGACGAGAUGAAAGCGGCACUGGAGGUUAAGUCGGAACUGCGAUGGAUGCCAUCCGAGACUAGCAUCCCUAGCAUCAGUUCCCAGCACUCGGCGUCAAUGUCUUCCCAAUCCGAAGAGCGAACGGAAGAAAGCGAAACACUUCAGAGCGGAGACCUGACAUGUAGCUCCUCGCUGCAUGCGACAGACCAAUCAGCCAGCAGUCGAACGAGCAGCAUCAGCACCAUUGGCAGUGCCCAUCUGCCGCUGACGAACUCCCAGACGUCAUCUGACUGCACCGCAGAGAGCAGCCAUCAAACCACAUCGGAGGAUGACUCCAGUCUGCAGUCCAGCGACUCCAGCGGCAGCGUGCAGACGAUCUACGCAUCAGACCCCAACAAUUUCCUGCGUGAAAUGUAUGUGCCAGUCGACCCGAGAGCCUUUGCGUACCAGCUGGAGCCAGUACGCUGGGAUCUGCGCCCACUGCUGGCCUGCGAGAUGGCACCUGGAGGCAGUUAUGGAGAAGUCUUCUAUCUGAUCGGCUACCACUACAUGUGGUAGGACUGUCUGCGAGUCGAGCUUCCAAUAGACAUUCCAAAAUUCCCAAUGCCAA